CCGCCUCGGUCAGUCAGGCAGCUGCUGUUCUUCACACAUACACACAAGAGACAGACACACAGGUCUGAAUGGUGAAAGGAAGGUAAAAGCGGCUACAGAAUCGCCUUUUACAGCGGAAUGUUCACUCGAAGGGGUUAUGGAGACGUCAAGAAAUCUACACAGAAAGUUCUGGACUCAAAGAAGGAUGUUUUCACGCGUCUGAAGCAUCUUCGCGCGCUGUUAGAUAUUACUGACAGAAAUGAACUGAAGACAUUUUUUGAAACCAACUGCUCACAGAUUUAUUUUAUCUUCUAUGAAAAUUUCAUUACACUGGAAAGUAACUUAAAGCAAAAAGGGAACAAAUCUCAACGGGAGGAGCUGGACUCCAUCCUCUUUAUUUUUGAAAAAAUUCUGCAACUUCUACCUGAGAAAAUCAACAGUCGAUGGCAGUUUCACAGUAUAGGUUCUAUACUCAAAAAACUUUUGCACACUGGAAACUCUUUCAAGAUCCGCUGUGAGGGCAUUCGUCUGUUCCUGCUCUGGCUGCAGGCUCUGCAGAGUAACUGUGCUGAAGAGCAGCUCCUCAUCUUCGCCUGUCUGAUCCCAGGAUUCCCUGCUGUACUCUCAUCCAGAGGACCCUGCACACUGGACACCAUCAUAUACAACCCCUUUUCCAACCCGCCCGACGCUAAGAUUGUGCCGGAGGAGAUCACCCCACUGGUGCCUGCGCUUCCCGGAGAGAAGGUGGCAGAAGACCACACCUGCUCUGUCCUCCAGAUUGUGCUCAAAGUCAUGGUUCUCCAGGCCUCCAGCCUGGACUGGAAAAACAAAGAGAGCCAGGACAUGGGCUUUAGAUUUCUCUUUUCCCUGUUCAAGAAGUACUACCUGCCUCACAUUUUCCCUUCUUUCACAAAACAAACCAACCUCUACAAGCCACAGUUAGAUCUUCCCCUUCACAGACCAAAGCCCCUGUACGUCCGUGUGACUCGUAACAGUGAGAGCACAUACUGCACUAGGGAUCAGUAUCUGGCUCCUCGCGUGGCCUUCAUCACGUGGCUCGUUAACUUCUUCCUGGAGAAGAAGUAUGUGAACUCGGCCACGAGCAGCUCUAAGAACGGAGGAGAGGUGCUUCCUAAGAUCAUCCAGACUGUGACUGCAGCUGGGAUCAGUCAGGAGAAGAGCACAGACUCGGAGCCCGACGGUCCUGUGGACCAGGAGAAGAGUCACUCGAACAGCAGCACGCUGUCGGACCGCCGGGGCAGUAACUCCAGUCUGUGUAGCAUCGAGGAGGAGCAUCGCCCCGUCUACGACAUGGUGCAGGCCACCCUGCUCUCCACACGAGACAACAUCAAUUUCGUCAACGAGGUCUUCCAUCAGGCUUUCCUGCUGCCGGCCUGUGAAGCUUCUGCCACUCACAAGGUGAUCAAAGUCUACCGGAGGUGGUUUCUGCAGGAAAAGCCCAAUUUCAUGGCUGAUCCAGAGAGGACAAGCCCGGAGGAAGAUGGAGAGGAAGAGCACCUCAUAUCUGAGACGGACAGUGCACACGUGCAGGUCUUGGAGACUCAUGGACACAAACGCUCGUCCAGUUGGGGGCGCACUUACUCCUUCAGCAAUGCCAUCAGCAGAGGCUGUCUGACCGAAGAACAGAAGCAGGACGUGAAAGCGGGCGUCCAGCCCACCCUCCAGGUGUUCCUGACAAACUCUGCCAACGUGUUCCUGUUGGAGCCGUGUCAGGAUGUGCCCAAGCUGCUGGAGAACCAGCUGGAGGUGUGCAGAGCUGUGCUCAGCGUCUACCGUCACAUUAUCAUGGAGCAGAACAUGAACCGCCCCACCUGGGAGCAGUUGCUGCAGGUGUUACUGAGGAUCACAGAAGCAGUGAUGAAGAGGCCACAGGAGAACCAAAGGAAAGACACGUUCGCCCACAGCCUGGCCAGCAUCCUCUUCAAAACGAUCUUCGUGGCGUGGGUUCGGUCAAACCUGAGCGUGUUCAUCUCUCGUGAGCUGUGGGACGAUCUGCUGGCUGUGCUGUCCUCUCUCAGCCACUGGGAGGAGCUGGUGUUCGAGUGGGCCAGCAUCAUGGACUCUCUCACUGCAGUACUGGCCCGUCACGUCUACGGCCUGGACCUCCACAACCUACCGCUCGACAAACUCUCAGAGCAGAAGGAGAAGAAGCAGCGGGGCAGGGGAGGGAUGCAGGACUCCCAGAAGUCCACAGAUGCAGCGCGGCCGUUCUCCUUGAGCUGGAGGAGCUCUGGAGAUCAGGUGGGCGCUCAGGAGCCCAUGAGGUUUCGCAGUGCCACCACCACUGGAGCUCCUGCUGUGGAGAAAGCUCGCAACAACGUCAGGCAGAAAGCUUCAGCUAAGCGAAGUCAGUCUAUCAGCAACUGUGUGCAUCUCUGUGAGGCUUUGCCGGCCACUAAGAGUGUGCCCAUGCUGCUCCACACUGUCAGCUCUUUCUUACCUGGUAUCUCUCACAACUCUCACUGCUCUCACAGACUCUCAGAUGUGGAGGAGUGUCAGCUGUCUGAAUGUGAGAUGGGGGAUGGAGACAGUCCUCUGCCCCGCAGCAGCAGCACCUCUGACAUCACACAGCAGAUCACAGACACCUUCCCAGGUCAGAAGAGAGAUGAGUCUGUGUCAGAGAGCAGCUCUACAGGGAAGAGAGAGAGCGAAGCUCCCACGAUUCUGAUCCAGCGGAGCAGCAGUCCAACAGAUCUGGAUUAUCCAGCAGACGGAGCGCCAACAUUCCUGAAAAUUAAACUGCGGGAGAAAAGUGAGAGUGUGAGCAGUGAGACGUCUAAUGGUUAUCUGAAGGAUGCUGCGGUGCGGCAUGCGGUCGAGGAGGACACAGUGAGCCAGAGGAGCCUCCAGCUCAGUCACACUGAAGCACUGGCAGGGUCUGAUUGUCCCCCAGUGUCUCCGGCUCUCCUCCUGCCUCAUGGCUGCUGUGAGGGCCCUCAGCUCCUGGAGGAUGCCGUGAAUGUGCCUCACCGUCUGGACAGCAGUGAGUUUCUGGCCGAUGACGUCAGCAUCAUCGCCGGCGGCAGCUUGACCGGUUGGCACGCAGACUCUGCCUUCGUCCUCUGGAGGAGGAUCUUGGGGAUUCUGGGGGAUGUGAACAGCAUCCGCUGUGCCCGCAUCCACGCCAAGGUCUUCAGUUAUCUCUACGAGCUCUGGCACAAGCUGGCCAAGAUCAGAGAUAAUCUCGGGAUCAGAGUGGAUGCAGACACAGCCGUGGCCAGACCCUUGUUCAUCCCUCCUCUGCGCAUGCUGGCCUCCUGGCUCUUCAAGGCUACCAUGCUGCCGUCAGAGUUCAAGGCUGGGAAGCUCCAGGCGUAUAAGCUGAUCUGUGAGAUGAUGACCAAGCAUCAGGACGUGCUGCCCAACAGUGACUUCCUGGUGCACCUCUACCACGUCAUGCACAAAGGCUUCACCAGCGACGAUCAGGAUGUGUUGAACACCAUGAUUAGGUGGUGCUCCCCACGCUUCUUCUUCCUGGGUCUGCCGGGCUUCACCAUGCUGGUGGGAGACUUCAUCACCGCGGCUGCUCGUGUCCUCAACACUGACUCCUUUGAGGCUCCACGGGUCGAGGCUCAGACAGUUCUUGGUUCGCUGGUGUGCUUCCCUAACCUCUAUCAACAGAUCCCCUCUUUGCAGACUGUUCCUGGAUCCGAGGAUAUCGUAGUUGGCAAAGAGGACAUGAAGGACUAUCUUGUGAACAUCCUUUUGAAGACGGCUCGCAACGAGAUAUGUGAAGGAGCCAGGUGUGUAGCGAUCUGCAGUCUGGGGCUGUGGGUGUGUGAGGAGCUGAGGCAGACAGAAACUCAUCCUCAGGUCACAGACGCCAUUAACGUCCUGGGCGUCACGUUGAAGUUUGGAAAUAAGGUGGUGGCCAAUGUGGCUUGUGACAUCUUUCAGCUACUGAUUUCUCACUGGCAGCACUUACAGAGACUGGAUCCGUCCCUUCCCAAAAGAAUUAUAGAGAUUUUUGUAGCAACCAUAGCAUUUCUUCUGCCCAGUGCUGAACACUCAGCGGUUGAGGCAGAUAAAAAGUUAAUGGUGUCUCUACUGCUGUGCCUGCUGGACUGGUGCAUGGCCGUACCCCUCUCCAUCCUGCUGGAGCCCAUCACUAUGCCAGUGCUGGAUGACCCCGCCUCGCAGAAAGCCCCUCUACUCGACUACAUUUACAGGGUGCUGCACACUUGUGUAUCAGGGUCUAAUCUGCACACUCAACAGAGCCACUACCUCCUCAGCCUUGCUGAUCUGUCGACAGACUAUGAACCCUUCCUUACUUUAGGCAAUGUCAAGAGCUUUGAACCAUCACCCAUACACAAUGCCAUGGGAGACUUCGGAAAUCUCCUCACUGUGGCUGAAGAAAAGAAAAGGAGAAGCCUGGAGCUGAUUCCUCUGACCGCUCGGAUGGUAAUGACACACCUGGUCAAUCAUUUGGGCCACCAUCCUCUCAGCGGUGGCCCCGCUCUCUUAAACAGCCUGGUCAGUGAGAACCACGACAACCCCUAUGUAGAGUCCUCCGAGCUCUCCUCUGAAGUCUUCAAAAGCCCCAAUCUGCAGCUCUUUGUCUUCAAUGACAGCACACUGGUCUCAUACCUGCAGAUCCCCUCUGACAGCUCCAGCACAUCGGUGGCCAACCCGAGGGAUCAUUCCUCCGAGGUCCGUGUCAUCGUCAGGGACAUCUCAGGAAAGUACUCGUGGGACGGCGGUAUUCUGUUUCACACUUUGGAUGGAGCUGGCUUGAGUUGCGCUGGCAGCAGAGAUCAGUUGUCACACAACGCCACACACUCUGAAAAGCAGGACUCUGUGUGCUCCGGUAAAUGCUCCUCUGAGCUGGAAGUGGAAGAUGGCGUGGAUGUGUUGGACCAGCUACUGGAAGACCUUGGCCACAGCAGUCCCGAGUGCCUGCCGCAGCCCCAGCUGAAGCUCACCCAGCCGCCCUCUCCACCCAUCGGCAUGAAUCCUGACAUGGAAGGGGUCAUCAUGGAUGCCAUCCACAGACAGGCCAAGCAGGAGGACGAGGAGCUGGCCCGGCUACAGACUGAAGACCCCAGCAUCAGAGCAGAGAGGCAGAGAGAGCCCACACACCACGAGCCCAAAUCUCCUUUUUACCUCUGCAGACUUCUCCUCAAUGACCUCGGCAUGAACUCAUGGGAUCGCAGAAAAAGCUUUCAUCUUCUAAAGAAGAACUCCAAGCUCUUGAGAGAGCUGAAGAAUUUGGACUCAAGGCAGUGUCGAGAGACACACAAGAUUGCUGUGUUCUUCAUUGGAGAAGGCCAGGAGGACAAAUGCUCCAUUCUGUCCAACACGGAGGGCAGACAGGCUUACGAGGACUUUGUCUCUGGGCUGGGAUGGGAGGUGAAUCUGGCCACUCACUGUGGGUUUAUGGGUGGUUUGCAGAGAAACGGCAGCACAGGCAGCACAGCACCAUAUUACGCUACCUCCAACGUGGAGGUCAUCUUCCAUGUGUCGACUCGCAUGCCUUCUGACUCGGAGGACUCCAUCACCAAAAAGCUUCGUCACUUGGGAAACGAUGAAGUGCACAUCGUGUGGUCGGAGCACACGCGGGAUUACAGACGAGGAAUCAUUCCCACCGACUUUGGAGAUGUCCUCAUCAUCAUCUACCCCAUGAAAAACCACAUGUUCUUUGUUCAGAUCAUGAAAAAACCCCAGGUUCCUUUCUUUGGGCCUCUGUUUGACGGGGCGAUAGUGACUGGAGCGCUGUUGCCGAGUCUGGUGCGGGCCACGUGCAUCAAUGCCAGCAGGGCUGUGAAGUCUCGACUGCCGCUUUACCAGAGAUUUACAGCUUGUCCAUUUCUGGCAAAGACAGGGCAUCAUUUUCAGGUAAGUUUUUUUCUUUCUUUUUUUUUUUUUUUGUGUACAGUAUACUGGGAAUUUUUAGGGAGCAAAAGAGUCAGUGGACUGGCCCUAGAUAUGCAUAUUUCCCACUGAACCUGGGAGAAGAUUGAUUCAGACUCUCUUAUUUCAAAAACUGCAUCAAAUUAAUUAAAAAAUUUGUUAAUUGUCUGUUAAUUGUCUCUUGUGAAUAGGGUGUGUAAGGCCAUUAAGGAUAUUCUGCUUUCACAGCUUCCUGCAAUGACUUGAACUGUCUCUAUGAAUAAUUGAUCUGCUUUUGGGUGCUGCUUCUACACCACUGUCUCUUAUCUUUCCAUCACAAGAACAUCACACAAAAGUGCAUUCUGUGUGUGUUUCUCUAGCUCACUUGUACUCUGUGUGUCUUUCUGUCGCUGUUUGUCUUUCCAUUGCUCAUCCCAUCUCUUUGUCCAAGUUCACAACACAGGCCUGAUUCCAAAUCAUUUUGUUGUUGUUGUUGGUUUGAGGUUGUGACAUAUGAAGUUUGUUCCAUGUCCGACACUAACCUGAACAGACGGUGCUCCUAAACCAAGCCAUAUACAUGAAAGAACAGUGAUUAAUUAUGAGGGUAAAGAAACAGGGUAAUUUUGUCAAGUCGACACUUAAUGAAAAAACACCUUAUCUACUUUUUAAAUGCAAUUUAACUUUAUUAAA